AUGGAAAAGCAAGUCGCAUUGAGAAUGUUGUUAACCGUGACGAUUCUAUGUUUCUUUUCUUUCUUCUACAGUGGAGUCCAUGGAACUGCUUCUCUAGAGAUUGAUAUGAAAUUAAAGGCUCUUAACAAGCCUGCAUUGAAGACGAUCAAAAGCGAAGAUGGAGAUAUAAUAGAUUGUGUGGAUAUCUAUAAACAACCCGCUUUUGAUCAUCCCGCCUUAAGAAAUCACAAGAUUCAGAUGAAACCGAGUGUGGAACUUGGUUCAAAGGAGACUAAUAUUCCAUCAGACAGUUCUCCUAAACCGGUUACAUCCAAGAUUUGGACCAAAUCUGGUCAAUGUCCGGUAGGGAAAAUACCGAUUCGUAGAGCGAACAUAGUUAUCAAUCUAGAGCUUCCAGACAUGGGUUUGUCUAGUCCGAUCCCAGUGUCUCUUCAGUACGGUGGGAGCUUACAAAAAUUGGAUCUAUCCAGCAACCAAUUGUCUGGUAACAUCCCUCCACAACUGUGUACUUGGUUACUGUUCUUGGUGUCUCUUGAUAUGUCGAACAAAUAG